AUGAGCGACCUGUUUGUGCCGGAUGAAGACGUGGAGGUCAAGACCGAAGACGCGAUGGACGUGGAUGUUGCUCCGGUAACCGAGCAUGACGACCAAGACGAUCCUAUUGUCAAGGAGUUCCCGGUGUUCUUCUCGACCAGACUGGCAGGCAACAUCCACCUGUACCAGUACCCUGCUCGGUCGGUGGACUCGCCAUACACCUCGUCGCACGCCACAGGUAUCACCGAGUCGCGAAUUAAGAAGGAAAGUGGCGUGGUGGAGGUGGACGUGCCUGUGCCCACAGAUCGAUGCUACGACCAGGCCAAGGGCACACAAUGGAAGAACAUCGACAACCAGACGCUCAAGGGCCACCUAGUGGAGUCCAACCCGCAGGAAAACAUGGUGGGUGUGUUCAAGAACAAUGAGCUUCACCUCAACCCCAUUGUUUCCACUGCUCUGUUGCGUCCUUCGUUUGAUCAUGUGAACCAGGAGAACAUCAAGGACCCUGCUGCUGCUGCCGCGGCCAAACGGACAGCCCAGAACGCCAAUGAGCCCAAGGCCAUUCAGAUGACAGUCAAGUCGUCGUCCGAACAGACGCCGCGGUUUUCCGGGGCUCUGCUGGCAGUCAAGAAGGCUGAGGACGAGGAAUUUGUCACAUUGCAGUGGCGAGAUCGUGACCAGGAGGAUACUUGGGAUGUUGGUGAGCUGCUGACGGCGGAAAAGAAGGACAAACUGGAGUGCUCCACGACCAGAGACGAGUACCUGGAGGCCAUUAGUGUGCCCUAUGUUGAUCCGGUGACUAUGGCUGCGAGAUGUUUAUAG